CACCUGUCGCACGACGAUCGGUUAUGACUCUCUCAGCUAGAAACAAAUAGCUGAGAUUCGGUUGAUGUUGACUUGCUGAUUAACGAUUUGACUUGGAGCGGUCACAAGGGAUACGGGGCCGUUGCUAUCUCGAUAUCGAAAAGAAUAAACAUGACGAAAACAAACAUCAUAUUCUACGACGCCAAGUCUCGUCUUCCCGGUGUCUCAACGUCUAUCAACACUUGGAGACUCCGGCUUGUGCUCAAUUACAAACAGCUCACUUACCAAACAGUCUGGCUCGACGGACCCGACAUCGCCCAAUCACACAUCUCCAAUGGCAUCCCAUCAAUCGAAAAACAUCCUGACGGUUCCCCAAAAUACACCGUCCCCGCCAUAAUCGACCUUACCGACAAAGAAAAUCCAGUCAAACUCACCGACUCACGUAUCAUUAUCUCGUAUCUCGAACGUACCUACCCAUCUCCCAACCCCGAACUGGCUCUUUUCCCACCCCAUACGCAUGCAUUCCAGAUGAUGGCAUUCGACUAUUUCUUCGAUAGCGUCUUUUGGACCAUCUUCUCAUUGAUGUUGACCGAAGCUGCAGCACUCCAGACAGAAGGGUCAGGAGCCAUAUUUCGCCGACUCUAUGAAGCUACCCAGGGUAAGACAAUCGAAGAGAUGGAACCAAGAGGCAAAGACAGAGAGGAAACAUGGAAGAAAGUCCGUCAGGGAUUCGAGAAACUUGCUUCCUUCGCCAAGGACGACCCAACUCGAAACGAUGAUACGCCCUUCUUCGCAGGUCCGAAUUGGACCUUCUUUGACUUCCACGUCGCUUCUGCUCUCAUCGUGAUUAAGAUGUGUCUUGGAGAUGAGUUCGAAAAGGAGAUGACCGACUGUGCGAAUGGUAGAUGGAUCAAACUCUUAGAUGCUUGUUCAAAGUACCAGGAUUCUACAGCUUGA